AGGGAACAUCUCAACCAGACCGUCGCUCAGCUCAAUGAGAGACGACAGCCGUAUAGGGAAACAGUUGAGCUAAUACUCGAUAAGGUGAGCGAGUUGGAGCACACAUUGUAUGAGGAUCAGCAGCAGGAGUUCAAGCUGCGCAUGGCCUUGGAGCGUCAGACGGAGCGCAUACACGAGCUCAACUUCUCGCUGGACACCGAAAAGCAGCGCAAUGAGCGACUCGUGCAGCUGCUGCGCGGCGUCGACAGCGACUCCUGCAGCGAAAGUGAGCCGGAGUCGCAGCUGCUGAGCGGCAUACGGUUUGACUCCAAGGGCGAWCUCUAUGGCUCCAUAAGUCCAAUGCUAAUGCAACAGCGCUACGAUGAGCUGCAWUCGUCGCAUCGUCAAGCCCAUCGGCUGCUGGCCAAGAAAGAUAAAACCAUUAAGAUGCUMAGGUGCGAUCUGGAGGUGUUGCGCGGCAAAUACGAUUCCAUAUGCGCGGAUUAUCGCAACGAGCAUCGACGUUUGAAUGCGCUAUACACACGCUAUUUGCACCUGCAGCAGAAGAAGAAGCAGCAGGUAUUCAUACUCAAGGAGACGUUGGGCUACGCCAGCGAUUGUAUUCUGUACGCUCAACAGACCAUUGAUGGCUGCUCUAGAGGAUUUCCUAUUGAUCCGCAGAAUUUGCAUAAUUUCAAUCAGAAUUUUGAGUUCUUUAUGCGUUCGCUGCGCAGCUGUUGCUGUCGUCGCCGAUUGCUGGAGCUGCAACAGGAGCAGGGAGUCCAAUUGGAGCAGCUGCAGCAAGAGCAGGAAUGGCAACAGGACGAAGAGCAGCARCAGGAGUUGUCCAAACAAGAGACGAMGACCAAUUGCCAACCGCAGCUGGAACAGCCAAAGCAAAAGCGUCGAAGCCAUCGAAAACGUGAAAAGUAUUGAAAAUGUUUAGGAAUUUCGCAGUUAGUUUCUUACUUUUCAUAGUUAUCUUAAAAGUUU